GAGCUCUGAAUCAGGGGAAGAAGAGGAGGAGUGGGAGCCCAAAAGCCAAACUGCCAAGAGAACUCGUUUGCCAAAGAAAAAUGUGGCAAAAACUAAAAAAGUUGCUGCUCCACAGUCAGCAGUGGCCAGGAAAAAGGUCAAGAAGGUAGCAAUAAAAGAGGAAAUGGAUGUAUCCUUGCCUAUUGCUCUUGCAGAAGAUAAUAGAAUGCAACUUCUGAAACCUAAGGAAGAAGAUGUAGGCACUAAACCAAAAACUUUAAAUCAAAAGCCAGAAGUGCCUAAAAAAAUGGAAACAAAUUCAUUCCAAGGGAAGAAUGCAAAGAGUUUAGUGAGUGAUGAAAAACCCUCAACAAGUGUUCCUGUAGAGGGAAAUCAAAUGAAACAUGAGAAAUCUGAAGAAGAUUUUGCAUUUGAUGAACCACCUUUUAAAAAGAUUAAGUCGACUACAUGUCCUGAAGGAAAGCCAGUUAAAAAUCUAGGAGGCAACAAAAUAAAAGAAGAAUUUGAAAUGAACUGGGAUAUUGUACAGGCCUUGUCAGAAAUAACAAAUGUUGAACCAUGGGUAUGUGCAAACUUAAUUUGCCUCUUUAAAGAGGAAAACACAAUUCCUUUUAUUGCUCGAUAUCGAAAAGAGCUCAUCAAUAAUCUGGAGGCCGAUGCCUUGCGAGAAAUGCAGCAAACAUUGGAAGAACUACGUACUGUUGCAAAGAAGGCGCAUACAAUGAUACAGAAGUUGAAGAAAGAAGGGAAGCUGUCUGGAUGUGUUUUAACAGCCUUACUAAAUUGCAGAACUUUGGAAGAAUUAGACCAUGUGUCUGCACCUUAUAAAACGGGGAGUAAAGGCACCAAAGCCCAGAGAGCCAAGCAGCUGGGAUUAGAACCUGCAGCUCUCUCCCUCCUGCAGAAUCCCAUGGAACUCAAUCUCUUCUCUUACAUUAGACCCAAUACCAAAGGACUUUCAACUAUCCAGGAAGUAGAGGCUGGAGUACAGCAUAUUUUAGCUGAUAUCGUCGCUAAAGAUAAAGAUACACUGGAUUUUAUCAGGAAAUUAUGUCAGCAAAGAUACAUUUGUAUCCAGUCAGCCUUGGCAAAAGUGUCAUCCAAAAGUGGAAAUGAAAAAGAUAUCAAUAAAUUCCAACUGUACCAUGAGUUUUCUUGUAAUAUAAAGAACAUUCAGCAUCAUCAGAUUCUGGCCAUUAACCGAGGGGAAAAUCUGAAGAUCCUGACAGUGAAGGUCAACAUUCCUGACGGGGUGAAGAAUGAAUUCUGUUGGUGGUGUGUCAAUGAAAGAUGGAGACCAAAGCAAUUUUUAAAACCAGAAUUAAUGAGGAUAUUACGGAAUUCUGUAGAGGAUGCAUAUAAACGCCUUAUAUAUCCUCUCCUCUGUAGGGAAUUCAGAUCGAAAUUGACAUCUGAUGCGGAGAAAGAAUCUGUGAUGAUGUUUGGGAGAAAUCUCCGGCAGUUGCUUCUGACCAGCCCUGUGAGGGGCCGUGCUUUGAUGGGAGUAGAUCCUGGCUACAAACAUGGCUGCAAGUUGGCAAUUAUUUCACCAACCAGUCAGAUACUCCAUACCGAUGUCGUUUACUUGCAUUCUGGUAAAGGAUUUCACGAAGCUGAGAAGAUAAAGAGGCUUCUUCUGCAGUACAACUGUAGCACUGUUGUGAUUGGCAAUGGCACAGCCUGCAGAGAAACAGAAGCUUACUUUGCUGACUUAAUUAUGAAGAAAUAUUUUGCACCACUGGAUGUUGUAUACUGCAUUGUCAGUGAAGCAGGAGCAUCUAUUUACAGCGUCAGUCCAGAAGCAUCCAAGGAAAUGCCAGACCUAGACCCUAACCUAAGAAGUGCAGUUUCCAUAGCUAGACGUGUCCAAGACCCAUUAGCUGAGCUAGUGAAAAUCGAGCCCAAACACAUAGGAGUUGGAAUGUAUCAGCAUGAUGUAUCACAGACGUUGCUCAAAGCAACUCUGGACAGUGUGGUUGAAGAGUGUGUCAGCUUUGUAGGAGUUGAUAUUAACAUCUGCUCAGAAAUACUAUUAAGACACAUUGCGGGACUGAACGCUAACAGGGCUAGAAAUAUAAUUGAAUGGCGAGAGAAGAAUGGACCGUUUAUAAACCGAGAACAGCUCAAGGAAGUUAAAGGUCUGGGUCCCAAAUCCUUCCAACAGUGCGCUGGCUUCAUCAGAUUCAAUCAAGAAUAUAUAAAGACCUUCUGCAGGUAUAAGAAAACUGACCUUGGAAGUCAUGCACUUUUGACUAAAGCAGGUGCACAGGGUAAAAAGAAGAGCAAGCCAACACCAUGUACCUCACGACAGCCCAAUCCUUUGGACCAAACUUGUAUUCAUCCAGAGUCCUACAACAUUGCGAUGAGGUUUUUAUCUUUCAUUGGAGGAAGUGCAAAUGACAUAGGAAAAUCAAAUAUGCAGCAAAAAGUAAAUGCAGUAAUUCAAAAGGAAGGACUGGAAGGCACAGCCAAAAGGCUAAAUACAACGGUGCACACACUGCAGCUGAUAAUUGAUGGUCUGACUCAGCCUGAAGGCUUUGAUAUCCGAACAGAUUUUGAUAAACCUGACUUCAAGAGAAGCAUAGUCUGCUUUGAAGACUUAAGUGUUGGUACUGUUCUGACUGGAAAAGUUGAAAAUGCGACACCAUUUGGAGUGUUUGUUGAUAUUGGUGUGGGAAAAUCAGGUUUGAUUCCAGCCCGAAAUAUAACAGAAGCAAAACUUUCUAAAGUGAAGAAGAGAAGAAGCCUGGGGUUAGGUCCUGGAGAAAGAGUGGAAGUUAAAGUGCUUAAUGUAGAUAUUCCUCGAUUGAGGAUAACAUUGGAUCUUAUUCGUGUUUUAUGAGAGGG